AUGAACAAUCUGGAAGAGUCCAAACCGGAUCUCUACCCACAACAUCAACGAGAACAAGAGAUGGCAGCCUCGUCGGCGGUGAUUGACGGAAUAGCAGCGUCGGCUCUCCGGUCAGUUCUCCAGAGAGUCCAACAGGUCGCCGAGCAAUGUGGUCGUGAAUCGCAGCGGAUCUGCGCCGUUGCCGUCAGUAAAACGAAACCCGUCUCCCUCGUUCGCCAAGUGUACGACACCGGUCAUCGAUGUUUCGACGAAAACUACGUCCAAGAACUUGUCGAGAAAGCCCCUCAGCUUUCGGAUGACAUAGAGUGGCAUUUUAUUGGGAAUUUACAGAGCAAUAAAUUGAAACCUUUGAUUGGUAAGCAAAGCUACGUGUUUUUAGGAACUUUCGAUUAA